GGUAGUGGGCGUGGCUUGGCCCGGCACGCCCCGCCCCCUUCGCAUCUUGCAACCUUGCUUUCGGCGCUGCUCCAUCGUGCGUUGCUCCCAAUUGGAAGGGAGCCAUUGAUCCAGUUUUCCUUCCUCCGGAGGCAGAGAGAGGCUUUCAGCAGAGGAUAUACACUCGUUUUUCUUCAUCCUCCGAGCUUGAAAGAUUUUGGAACAUAGACCUUGGGAUUUCUGAUGGCCAUAAUGGCAAGCAGAGAAAGCAGAGCCUGCUGCAGCUGAUAGAGGGGAUCCAUGCCUCUGCAGGGAGGGGUCCACGUCCAUGCCGAACCCCCGGAUGGCGGCUGGGGGUGGAUGAUUGUCCUGGCAGCAUUCCUGCAGUCCGCUUUGGUCUUCGGCGUGAUCCGCUCUUUCGGGGUCUUCUUCGUGGAGUUCGUGACCUACUUCGAGGAGCUCUCGGGCCGCAUCUCCUGGAUCACGUCCAUCGGGAUCGCCGUGCAACAGUUUGCAAGUCCGGUGGGCAGCGCCUUGAGCUCUCGCUAUGGAGCACGUCCGGUUAUUUUGGCCGGCGGGUUUUUCUCCGGCUUGGGCUUCCUUUUGGCCUCCUUUGCCACCUGCCUGGCUCACCUGUACCUCUCCAUCGGACUCCUCUCAGGUUUCGGCUGGGCCUUGGUCUUCACGCCCUCCUUGGCCUCAGUGUCCCGCUACUUCAAGAAGCGCCGGACACUGGCCACCAGCAUGGCCCUGACUGGCGUGGGCCUCUCCUCCUUCGCCUUCUCGCCGCUCUUCCAACUCCUGGUGGACACCUAUGCCUGGCGAGGGGCCCUCAUGAUCGUGGCCGGCAUGUCCUUCAACCUGAUGGUGUGCGGGGCCCUCAUCCGGCCCCUGACCCUGAAGGAGGACCUCUCGUGCCCCUUGAGCGGAGACCCCGAGAAGCCGUGUUGGCAGAGGUUCUCCACGCUCUUCGGCCUCCACCUCCUCUCCCACUGGCCCUUCAUGCGCUACGUCUUUGCCAUCACCCUCAUCAACACCGGGUACUUCAUCCCCUACAUCCACUUGGUGGCCCGGGCCAGGGAGCUGGGCUUUGACGAAUACCAGGCCGCCUUCUUGAUGUCCAUGGCAGCCGUGGCCGACCUGUGUGGCCGCCUCUUCUCCGGAUGGCUGGGCAACUGCAGGGCCUUCCGCCUGAUCCACAUCUUGGUCACCUGGACCUCUUUGACGGGCAUCUCCUUGCUGCUGAUCCCCUGGGGACGCAGCUACCGGCUUCUGGUGGCCAUCAGCCUCGGCUACGGGUUCUUCUCUGGUGCCCUCACGCCUGUGGUCUUCUCCAUCAUCCCGGAGAUCGUGGGCAUCGGGAACAUCUUCAGCUCCAUGGGGCUCCUGCAGAUGAUCGAGAGCAUUGGAGGCCUGCUGGGGUCCCCCCUUUCAGGUUUCCUGAGGGACAUAACGGGCGACUACACUGCUUCGUUCUUGGUUGCAGGGUCCUUCAUCUUGAUGGGCAGCUUGGUCCUGCUCUCGGUGCCCAACUUCUUCACCUGCCUGGCUCCGCUGGCGUUGCAAGAGCCCGGUGCCAGGGCGGAGGCGGGUGAGGGCACUCCCUUGGCCUCGGGGGGCCCUGUCCCCACGGCGCCCGCCUCCCCCGAAAACUGCCACCUCUACAAGGCCAUGUCCGAGAAGGAGGUCAUAUCCUGAUCGGUGGGCAGAUGGACACCCACCACGAAAGAGUUCAGAACAGAUAUUGUCCGCGUGUUAGUUUACGUCUUUAAUCAAACCAAGGAUUGGGAAAGAUCAUGUGUUGCGAAUGCCGGUUUGGAACUAUGUCGAGUCUGUGCCUUAUCCUCCGUUCCGUCUUUCCUGUGAAACACCCAAAUGGUUGGGAUGCACAAAAACACUCAUUGGGAUGGGUUUUGGAUUCUAGGAAAACAUCUGUUGCAGAAAGACAGAGAACAAUGUGACCCUUGUAGAAAUGAUUGAACUACGGUUCCCAUCAUCCCUGACCAUCAGAGCCAGUGGUGGGAGUGUUAGGUGCAGCAGUCCAGCUGUUUACUUCCCAGUGACCGGUCUCUUUGCCCUCUUCUUUCAUAAAGUGUUUUCCUAAAGGACUUGGCUCCUGAUUAUUUAGCAAAAGAAGCCCCUUUUUCCUUGGGGAACCACUGUGAAGAUCCUUUUUCUAGUCGUAGUGCUUUAUUGCCUGUUGCGCCACAAAAGCUUGGGAAGCAUCCCCCUUUUUGGACUUCAGUUCCCAGCAUCCUUCAAUAAAACAUACAGACUGAAAGAUCCUGGAAACAAGUUCCAAAAAGGACCUUUUCCACAAGUUCCCCUUUGACUAUGAGUGCAAUCCGUUAUUAUUUCUCUUUUCCUGCUUAGCAGUAGGAAUAUGGACUGCAACUCCCAGCAUCCAGCAACAGGGAAUACAUUCAUUUAUUCCUGAUCUGAGGAAUGUUGGACCACCUUGAGCUGUUUGAGGGUUUUGAAACUACUUUGUCAAGCCAAUUGAAGCUGUCAACAAUUGCAUUUGAGAGCUGCGUAUCCCAUAAUCCCCCAUAUCCUAAUACCAGUGUGUGUGUGUCUUAAUUCACUGUCACAUAUAUAUGUCAUUAGGAACUGCUGUGAAGCCACAGGCACAAAAAAGCUAGGAAAAGUUACAUUUUGGGGGCUAAAACUAGCAUAUAUUCAAUUAUAGGAAACAGAUGGGUUGAAUUUAUUGCAGGACCAUGGGCCAGGAUCCCAUAAUUAUGUACAAAUAGGCAUUUAAAAGUUGCAGGCACCAGAAGUUUUGAAUAGGAGUUUGAAUAGGAAACUAGCAUAACCAAAAUUACCAUUGGCCGUGACGGUUAGGGGAUUCUGGGAGCUGCAAUCCCUAAACGUAACUUUUCAAAAGUUGGCUAGCUGAAAGGGAUGACAUUACUCUUCCAUUCCUCGCAAAUAUGGGACCAAUAUUUUGAUUUUCCGCACUGACUUCAACCCUUUUUUGCUGUGGAAUGCAUGGAUGGGGAUGAUGGGAGUUGACAUCCUGUGUGGGUUUUGAUCUGCUACUAAGUUACAUAUGUCUUUGCCAAAAAAUUUAAUAAUUUUUUAAAAUGCCUUUGGCAACAACAGUGGCCCUUCCUUUUUAAAAGCCUCUGGUUUUUGUUGUUGUUGUUAUUGAGAACGUCUGUUACCACUGUCGCGUCUUUUAUUUUGUAUUUAUUAAUUAACUGAGUAAUUUCAACGUUUUGUGGAAUAAAACUUACAAGAGAUCAAUGAA